AAAGAAACUGCCGUGCUGGGCGGACGUGUUGAAGAGUCGCUCCUGAAAGCAACUAGACAUUCUGCUGUAAAUGGCAAACUAAUAUGUUUUAAAUUGAUUAAUUCACAAUUAAUAGAAUUUAAUUCGUGCGCGGCGUUGAGGAAAUAAACGGUUCUUCUUAGCUCGGUGUGUGUUUACAUUGCCCGGUGUGUGUGGAUGUGCGCGAAACGGAAAUAAGAAAUAAACAAGAGCGACAGCAACAACGCCAACAACAACAACAGCAACAUCAGCGAGAGCAAAGCAACGCAACAAGAAGUGCAAGCAAAAGUGAAAAGGAAGACGAAAGAGGAAAUGCCAAAGUACAACAACAAAUACAACAAAUACACGAACAAAACGCCAGAGUGCAAGUGCAUCGCGUGAGUGUCUUACAGUGUGCGUGUGCGUUUGUGUGCCCGCGUCUGCCUGUGUGUGCGUGCUGCUGAUGCGGCGGCGGAAGUAAAAACGCUUGACUUCGCCUUCAUCUUAUUUAUUUGCUCCGCUUUGCGGCUGGCAUUCGUCGCAGAACGAAGCGAAAACAAAAACAAAAACAGAGAGCCAGGAUUAGCCCCAAAAGCACACAACCACCGCCCACUCGGCGCCCCCCACCAAAAGGAAACAGCAACACAAACAACAAUGGCAACUUGGCGCGACGCCCUCUUCGUCAUCAGCAGAUAACAACAAGAACAACAUCGAAUUAACAGAAACAAAACCAAAAACAAAAACAAAACAAGAAAGCGAAGCAAAAGCUAAAGCAUUCUGGGAUCUGGACAUAUCCGCUUCCGCGUUACUUCUGUCGCUAAAAAGCUCAAGAAUCGAAUCCGAGACCAACGCAGACGAAAUCACUCACUCACCUUACAGUACGUAACCACAGUGCACAGUGGAGCAAACAGAUAACGCCGCUUAAAAGCAAUUCCAGUGGCUUCCACUAACCCACUGAUACGGAUCCGCUGACCAGGACAUUUCCUUACACACUGUGGCUGCAUGUCCAAAAUGAAAAUGCUCCCAGUACAGUUAUCAUUGAACUCGCUGAAUCCCGGCAUCUGGAGCGAUGUGCUGUGGCGCUGUCCCCCGGCGCCGUCCAGCCAGCUGGCGGAGCUUAAGACACAACUGCCCCCAUCCCUGCCUUCCGAUCCGCGCCUCUGGAGCCGCGAGGAUGUGCUUGUCUUCCUGCGGUUCUGCGUUCGCGAAUUCGAUCUCCCCAAACUCGACUUUGAUCUCUUCCAAAUGAACGGCAAAGCGCUGUGCUUGCUGACACGAGCGGACUUCGGUCACCGGUGUCCUGGGGCAGGAGAUGUGCUCCACAAUGUGCUGCAGAUGUUGAUCAUAGAGUCCCACAUGAUGCAGUGGCACCUGCCCAACAGUCCAGUGACGCCCACCAGUCGUUAUCCCCUGUCGCCGCACAGCCAUCCGCCCACGCCCACGUGGCCACCGCUGAAUGCUCCUCCCGAGAACAGUCCCUUCCACAGUUCUGCUCACGGUCUGGCAGGCCACCAUUUUAUGGCGCCGAACUCGGUUACGCUGAGUCCUCCGCCCUCAGUGGAUUCCCAGGCGAGUAGUCCCCCCCAGGCACCUUACCAAAAUGCAGGUGCCACUGGAGCAGCACCAGGAUCAGCAGGAGGACCAGCACCAGCUGCAGGAGGUGCCACAAACACCAGCAAUCCCACGUCGUCGAGUGCCAGCAGCACCGGCAGCAAUGGCUCCCAGCCGAACAUUAUGCCCAUGAAGGGUAUUAGCAGUGCCAGCAGUAAUCACUCUGAUUCCGAGGAGGAGUACUCUGAGACCAGUGGUGGAGUGAGCAAGAUGCCACCAGCACCACUGUCCUACAGCACGGCCAGUCCGCCAGGAACACCCAUACUGAAAGAUAUUAAGCCGAAUUGGACGCAACAGCUCACGAAUAGUUUCGUGAACUCGUGGUCCCAGCAGCAGCAACAGCAGCAGCAGCAACAGGCUGCUGCAGUGGCCGCAGUAGCUGCUCAGGCACAGCAACACCAGUUGCAGCAGCAGCAGCAACAGCAGCAACAACAAAUGCCCCAGAAGCUGACCCUGGAUAAUACUGCUGGUCCAGUUGUGACCCCUGCUGGAGGAUCCAUCUCCGCACCCACCACGCCCAGUUAUAUGUACAAAGCAAAGAGGGAGUUCUUCCCCGAGAAUUCUGAGCCCAAUACAAAUGGCCGCCUGCUGUGGGACUUCUUGCAACAGCUGCUGAACGAUCGCAACCAGAAGUACAGCGAUCUGAUAGCCUGGAAGUGCCGCGAUACGGGAGUCUUCAAGAUCGUCGACCCCGCCGGACUGGCAAAGUUGUGGGGCAUCCAGAAGAACCACCUGUCCAUGAACUACGACAAGAUGUCGCGUGCCCUGCGUUAUUACUACAGGGUAAACAUACUGCGCAAAGUGCAGGGCGAGCGACAUUGCUAUCAGUUUCUGCGCAAUCCCACGGAACUGAAGAACAUCAAGAAUAUAUCGCUCUUGCGUCAAUCGACACCGGCGAAUGGCAAUGGCGGCAGUCCAUCAAUGCCACAGGGCAGCAGUCAGGCACCUGGAAGUCCUGCUGGCCAGAACUGGAAUACCCAGCAGCAGCAGCAGUCCCAGCAGCAACAACAAUCACCACAGAGACCCGCUUCGCGGAAUGGUCCCAUGAGCCUGCCCGCCGUUGCAGCGGUAGCAGCAGCGGCUGCUGCGGCCUAUGGUCCACCACCCACAUCGCCGCUUUUCAUGCACGCCAUUAAUGGAGCCUUCCACUACCUUUCGGCGGCGGCAGCUGGUCCGCCACCCAAUUCCCCUGCCCUCAACACACCAUCCGCUAUUGGAGGACCCGACAAGUUCCAGUUCCAUCCCCUCAAGCUGGAGAAUGGCUCGGGAUCGGGUUCGGAAAGCGCUGGCGAGGAUCUGAAGCCCACGGACCUCAGUGUGAGCAGCAAGAGCACUGCUACCAGCAACGAGGACUGUUAUCCACUCAUUCGCAACGCUGACGGCCUGACGACCAUCAAGUUAAUACGAUACAACGAACACCAGGUAGCCGCUUCGCCAGCGGGGCAGUCCCCCAAGCACGAUGACCAGCAGGCAGGCGCCUCCAAUGCCAGCAGCUCACCCAGGCCUAUGGAUCAGGCCAGUGAACAGGCACAGCCAGUGCCGAUGGAAAGCGAUUGCAAUGGCGGCGAGUCGGAGGACUCCUUCCGACACAUGCAGCAGUAGGAGGAGAAGUGUCCUGAGACAAUCACCGCACUACUUCCAUCUUCCACUCCCUCCUGAACACACACAACAUUACCUGAGCUAAAUAAUGUGGGACCAGCACAACAAGCGCACAGACACAUAGACAGACACUCUGCUGGAUAAAAUUCUGGAUGCCUUUCGGUUAGGAUGGGUCGCUUAGAAUUUGCAAUCGAAACGGAAAACUCAUUAUUGAAGAAUGUGUAGCAAUUUCAUUUCGAAAUUUAAGAGAAAUUAAGAAAACCACCUUGUAUUUCUUUCAUGCACGAAACUUGAUAUUCAAUAUUCAAUUUCUUGAUCAAAGGUUCUUCUAAUCAUUGCUACUUUAUAAUAUCUUUUCGGAUGUCAAACGACCUGUCCGACUUUCUGUACAUAGAAAUCACAUCUGCAUAAGCCAACACACAAUCAUACAUACAUGGUACAUUUAUUUUAUACAUCAUGCGUAUUUAUUAAGCUAAGCUAAGCAAGAGCAGAGUGCAUGUAAUUUCGUUGUUGUAAGUAGAUUUCUUGAGCCGGCGCAGCGCAGCCUUCGAUUAUGUGCCAAUUUCUACAUUUAUCAAACAAAAACAAAAACAAAAAUAUGCCUAACCAUAAUCAAUCGUAUAAGUAAUGAGUAGCGAAUAAGGAGUAGAAAUUAGCCAGUAGCUUAGACCGUAAGUGUUGCCACCUUUGAGCUUUACAAAUGUUGCCUCAACAAUGGUUUCAAAUUUAUGAAAACGAAAAAAAAGAACAAAAAACCAACAAACAUUGUUAAAAUCUAAAGAAUGAAAGUGAAGGAAAUAUGAAAUUUGAAUUGUUGUCGAAAUUGUUAAUUAAUAUACAAAUCAGCAUAGAAAGAGUUUUUGUAUACAACAAGACAAAUUGAUUUCUUGUGAUAACAACAGAAUUAUCUUUGAUUAACAUUGGCUGAAUGCUAACGCAACCAGAGCAGCUCCAAAAAGCCAACCUGCAACAGUUUGGCGAUCCUUCGUGCGAGGAUGGGGCUGCUCUCGCUUCAAGAUCAGCCUGGAAAAAGAGCUUUCAAAAUUCAAUUUCAAUUGAGCCCCUAGCCCUAGAUACACUGCAACAA